AUGUUAGAAGAAUACUCCGAGGUGACUGGAGAGGAGAUGCCAAGUAUGUCUCAGCACGAAAUACCUGCGGAGGCGUCACAGAAGAAAACGAACUCAAACAAGCAAGGGGAGGGUGAAAUAAAUGGGUGGACUGUGGAAGUUCCCAUUCAAGGUGCACCAGCGGACGAAACCCCAAGAAAAAGAAAAAAGAAAAAACGGAAAGAGAUGGAGAUGGAUGAAUCCAUCAUGGAAUCCUCUACUCUGGAUGUAGCAAUAGAGGAGACGGCAAGAAAAAAAAAGAAAAAACAGAAAGAGAAGGAAAGAGACAAGUCCUGCGUGGAAUUCCUUACUGAACAUGCACCAAUAGAGGAGACGCAGAAGAAAAAGAAGAAAAAACGGAGAGAGACAGAAACAAAUGAAUCCAUCAUGGAAUCCUCUACUCAGGACGCGGCAAUAGAGGAGACGCCAAGAAAAAAAAAGAAGAAAAAACGGAAAGAGCGGGAAACGGAAGAGUUCGCUGUGGAACCCACUACUGAAGAAGUACCAAUAGAGGGGGUGCAGAGAAAAAAAAAGAAAGAACAGAAAGAGAUGGAAACAGAUGAAUCCAUCGUGGAAUCUUCUACUCAGGAUACGCCAAGAAAAAAAAAGAAAAAACAGAAAGACACGCAUACAGACUCGUCCUCCAUGGAAUUCCUCACUCAACAUUCACCAAAAGAGGAGACGCAGAGGGAAAAGCAGAAGGAGACAGAAACAGACGAGUCCACCGUAGGAUUCUUUACUCAAGAUGCACUGAUAGAAGAGACACCAAGAAAAAGGAACGGAAUGAAUGACUCCACCAAGGAGCCUACUAUUCAAGAAACGAAAUCGGAGGAGACCGCCACUGAAAAGGAUGCAAACAGCUCUGCUGUGGAAGCUACUGUUCAAGAAGGACAAAGAGUAAAGACCUCCCCACUAAAGAAUGAAGAGAGAGAAGUAAGAGUCUCAUAUAACAUCGUUCCCAAGACGCUUGACACGUCAGGCAAAAAGGCAAAUGGAGAACGAACAGAAACCAGGACAACAUGCACCAGUAGAGAAGACACCACAGGGAAAAAGGCAAAUCGAGAGCAACAGCAACGCAAACAGAAGAGGGACGAGAAAGAACUGAACAUGAUGAAACAGCUGGAUGAACUGAAGGAAUUUGUUCCCAAUGCAGAACUCAAAUUUUCUCAAAAGAUCGGAACUGUGUUAACGUAUGACUUGCCUAGAUUUAAAGAGUUCAAAAGGAAAGGCAUCCCUCUGCGCAGCGGCCGCUUUUCCAAGCAAGAGAACAAGAGGUUAAUCGAGAACGUCAAAGACUUCAUGGCUCUCACAGGAAUCGACAACGCAGUCAAGCUCUUCUAUCCUUCACGUUUCCCAGAGGAGGAGAGCAGCUUAAGGAAGGCAAAGAGGGACAACAGGUUCUUGGAACGAAUUUCUGAAGGAAUCCCACGAUCCUGUCAUGACAUUUACAAGCGUGGGAGAAACUUAUUUGACGACAGAGGCUACAUGGGCGAGUUUACAGAAGAAGAAGUUCGAUCCCUUUGUAAACUGCACAGUUUGCAUGGGAAUGACUGGAAGAAGAUCAGUGACUUGACUGGCAGAAGUCCUGCUGCAUUGGCGAAGCGUUUUUCUCAGCUCAUAAGCAGGACAGGCCGUUGGAGUGAAGGAGAAGACCAGACACUUUUGCACGCUGUUCGUGAUCACAUCAUCAGCAAACUGGAUCCCGAAGCCCAAAAAAACCCUGGAACAGCCAGGGUCAGCCGCACGGACCUCUACUCCAACCUUCCCUGGUCACAUUUGGCAGAAAAAGUAAAAACUCGCACCUGGAUUCAGUGUCGGAGGAGAUGGAUGUCAAUUGUGAAGUCCAAAAUGUCACCUGAUGCUGUUAAGGACCUUAAGCAGAUUAGAAAAUGGAAAAUCCAACUCAUUAAAGCGAUGUAUCAAAUGAAUCCUCAAGACCGUGCAGAUGUGAAUUGGGAGGAUCUCGCACACACUAUGGGGAAUCUCCCUCCAGCCUAUUUGCAAGAGCGUUUCCAGAAACUUAAGAGUUGUUAUGUCCCCAAUUGGCAAACAAAAUCUUUUGGCGAAAUCAUUGAUUUCCUACAUGAUAGAGUUUUGCCUGUACUGGAAGGGGAAGUAACCCUGGAUUGCACCAUAAGCGGCUCAGAAAGUAACAGUGACAGUACCCAACAAGACACUUUCCUCUUCUCUGACAUCUUUGGUCAUGAAGAUGGUGUGGACAGGGAGAAAGAUGAUGAUGAUGAAGAUGAAGAUGAUGAUGAUGAUGACAAAGAAGAAAUAUGAAAAGAGAGUUUGAUGAGAGGGGGUAUCCAGAGCUAAAAACCUGCAGUAAAACUUGCAAAGAC